AUGCACGCUUUUAGCCUUUCAAGUACUCCAAGCACAGGAUCCUUUACCAAAGACUCCGUAUUGUCUCUCUCCCAACCUGUCAAAGCGCAAUUCCAGUUUGAUCCCGAAACAGUAACUUACCCGGACAAUUUAACUUCUCCCCGGGGGAGCAGCCGUCCACAGGCCUGCACUCCUCGACCCCUGAUUCCGGCCGGCAGCUCUCACGCCCACCCCAGGGCGGUCGCAGCCCCGCAGCCGGGUAAACACGCGCCCGAGUCUCGGGAGCGGUUUCCCGGUGUCCUGGGAGCGGCGAUUCCCGCCCCUCGUAGCCCCGAGACGGGAGCCGGCCGGGCCGCCGCCGCGGCCACCUCGGGCCGCUCUCCCCGCCCCAAGCGCCACACCUCGCGCCUCUGCCCCCGGGACGGCGGCGCACUGCCCAGCCCGCCCCGCGCAGCGCACCGGGACCGGUCAGUCUGCCACCGCCGCCUCAGCGCCAGACGGACCAGUAACCCUUCCCCGGCCCCGGCCCCGCGCCCCCCGCGGCGGCCGGGCCCCAGCCCUGCGCCCCCACGGCUCCCGCACAGCCCCUUCCUCGUCGGGACGCCCAGCACCGCGCCGGUAACAGCCUCGGCUCACAGCCUCAGAGACAUCGAGGGACACUCACCCCGGAGGCUCCUCCCGCCGCUGCUGCUGCUGCCACCGCUGGGACCGCGGCCGUCGCCCCCGCCGCCGCCGCCGCCUGCACCGCCGUCCGCACCGGCGCCAGCGCCCCCGGCCAUCCUCCUCCUGCCGUCGCCGCCGCCACCUCCCGUCUCCGCUCCUGUCAGUGGCUCAGGCUCCGGGGCUUCUCCAGGUUUCCCUCGCCGCCAUUUUGACGCCUGGAGCGAGCAGGAGGGGCUCGGCUCGGCGCGGGCCUGGGGCGCCUGCGCGGCGCUGCGGAGCCGGCCCGAGCCCCCGCCCAUCCCCGCCGCCGCCGCGCCCGUGGUCACGUGGGCCGGCGGCGGCGCGCGCGCCCUGGCUGGCCGGGGAGGCGCGUUCACGGGACCCGGGAUCGGUUGGAGCCGAGUGCGCGCGCAUUAUUCCCGCUCUCCGCUCGGAGUCUGAAGCUCGUUGCAGCAUCUUGCUUAUUCCGGGGAAUUGUGGCAAAUCGUUAAAUCUGUCAGAGUGGAAUUAUAAUAACUACGUUACCGCACGACCGGUUCUACCAAUUCAUGUUUCCAUUCGGCGGCCGGCAUCAUGAUCUAUCGCUCACGAUGCAUCUUUCGUAAAGCGAAGACUGCGCUUCCAUGGAGAAGUCCUUUUUGAUAGUCUUGGCGUUUUCUUGGCAGUUUAUCUUAAGCCCUGUCUGUAUGGUACUUUUACAGACACCACCUUGCUAGUUGUAUAGUGGAUUUGUUUUUUUUUCAUCAGACACCGAAAAGUUUUCCUCAGCAAGAUACCCCCAUAAACGUGGGAUAAGGAUUGAUGAAAACACAGUCGCCGCGUGGGAGAGCCAAAUCGCUCUCCCUAGAUGCCCCUUGUCUGGGAGUUCGCAGCGGUGGCUAUUGCCCUCGCGGUGUUUUUCACCGCCUUCUUAACCCGCAGUGGGUAUAUGCGGAGCAAUAUGAACCAGUCCCGAAGACACUAGUGGGAGAAGAUGUAGAGCAGCUGUUUACGUCCAGCAAACUUUCAGAAAACGCUGUGGCUUCUUUAACUGUGCAAAAGUUCUUAGUUGAGUUGAUGACGCACCCAUUGUGGGUAUUCACUUUCAUAACCGCAUGCUUAUGGUGAAUAUUUUGCACUUUUUUGGUAUUGUGCAUCAGAGAAAGAGUUAUACAGUUGCUUAAAAAUGUUAAAUAAAAUUGAGACAUUUG